AUGGAGUUUAUGGGUGAGAUUUUUGAGAAGGAAUAUUGGAAGUAUUGCUAUUUCCAUAGUCCAACAUUUAUUGAAUAUAAUACUCAGUGCACAUUCCUAACCACCACACCAAUGCCAUACAAUGUUUUAUUUAUUGCUGCUUGUAGUUUUGUGUUUUGCUAUCUAUUUGAACAAAUUGUCAAGUUAAUUUGUUACAAGUUUGUGUUUGUCGCUCUCGAACAGAGAAUUAAAAAGCUUGGCAAACCAGAAAUCAAUGAAAAUCACAAAAUUGCCUUCUACAAUAAGGUUAUUUCCUACACUCAUGCUUGGUUUUCCACUAUUGCAGCCAUUUAUGUUUUAGUGAAUGAACCAACAACCUGGGGUGACGCUGCCCAUGGAUGGGUAAUAUCGUAUGAAGUGGUUUUAGGUAUCAGCGUUGGUUAUUUUGUUCAUGAUUUAAUUUUUACCACUUUUAGAUAUCCACAAGCAUUUCCUGACAACACAAGCAUGAUCAUUCAUCAUUUAGUAUGCAUUUUAGGAAUAUUGUAUUGUUUGAAUUUCAGAAUUGGUGUGCUGUAUUGCAUUACUCUCCUAAUUACUGAAAUUACUACACCAUUUUUACAACACCGUUGGUUCAUGGAAUUUUUGCAUUAUGAGAAAACAAUAUGGUUCAAGCUGAACGGUGUUCUGUUUUGGUUGAUGUUUUUAGUUUGCAGAGUUAUUUGGUGUUUUGUUCAAAACGUUCACAUUUUCUAUCAUGCAGACCAGUAUAAUUUCUCUCCCUAUCACCAACGAGUACCAAUCAUCCUGCCAUCCUUACUGUUCCUCUUGAAUCUAUUUUGGUUCAUGAUUAUCACAAAGAUUGUGGUGAAAAUGGCCAUUAAUUUCUUUAAGGGGUCUAAAACUGUAGAAAUUCCCAAAGACUCUAAGUCAGCUGCUUCCCAUCAACAAUAA